CACAGGCUGAGAACCCAAUUUUUUCUAGACUCCACUUCAAUAAACCCGGCUAUCAUUUGCCUUCGUCUCAUGCAUUUUGUUGUUUGUGUAAGAGGACUGCUCUUCGGAUUCUCGAGGACGUCUGCAGCUCUCGUUGCUUUCAGGUUUGAGGGCUCUCGUUCUCUGCUCUGGACAGAGUGUCACAUCGAGCUCCAGCGGUGAAAGCAGAACUUGUCCGAGCCCCCUUCUCCUGGGAUUGUGAAGAGGACCCGGGGAAGCCAGCGUGCUACCAGCAUCUGCCUGGCCGCCCAGCAUCUUCACCAUGAAUGAGAGUCGAAGGGAAGCGCUGGCGGCGGCGGCGCCCAUGGCCACCACCGCCUCCUCCUCCACGGCCGGCUCCAACACCACGGACAUGGCCGGCCCCGGCGAGAAGGACGAGGCCUUCUCCAAGCUGAAGGACAAGUUCAUGAACGAGCUGAACAAAAUCCCCUUGCCGUCAUGGGCCAUCGUCUCCAUCGCCUUCGUGGCGAUCAUCCUGGUGCUGGCGUGCUGCUGCUGCAUCUGCAAAAAAUGGAUAUUCAAGAAGAAGAACAAAAAGAAGGGCAAAGACAAGGGCAAGAACGCCAUCAACAUGAUGGACGUGAAGGACGGAGCGACACUGACUCUUGGUGGGUGUCUCCUUCAGGCCUUGAAGGAUGAGGAGGAUGCGGAGACAGGGCUGACCGAAACGGAGAAAGAGGCCACGCCCAAGGAGGACGAGAAACUGGGCAAAUUACAAUACUCCCUGGAUUACAAUUUCACGGAGAAUACGCUCAUAGUGGGGAUCAUCCAGGCGGCGGAGCUGCCCGCCAUGGACAUGGGCGGCACGUCCGACCCGUACGUGAAGGUCUACCUGCUGCCCGACAAGAAGAAGAAGUUUGAGACCAAGGUCCACAGGAAGACGCUCAAUCCCACCUUCAACGAGCAGUUCACCUUCAAGGUCCCGUACGUGGAGCUCGGGGGGAAGACGUUGAUAAUGACGGUGUACGACUUCGACCGCUUCUCCAAACACGACGCCAUCGGGGACAUCAAGGUGCCCAUGAACAAGGUGGACUUCAGCCACAUCACGGAGGAGUGGAGGGAUCUGAUCAGUGCUGAGAAGGAGGAGCAAGAGAAGCUGGGCGACAUCUGCUUCUCCCUGCGGUACGUCCCCACCGCCGGCAAGCUGACCGUGGUCGUCCUCGAGGCCAAGAACCUGAAGAAGAUGGACGUGGGAGGCCUGUCAGAUCCAUACGUGAAGAUCCACCUGAUGCAAAACGGCAAGAGGCUGAAGAAGAAGAAGACGACAAUCAAGAAGAACACCCUGAACCCGUACUACAACGAGUCCUUCAGCUUCGAAGUCCCAUUCGAACAGAUCCAGAAAGUGCAAGUCGUCAUAACCGUCCUGGACUACGACAAGAUCGGCAAGAACGACGCCAUCGGCAAAGUGUUCGUGGGCCUGAACAGCUCGGGGACGGAGCUGCGCCACUGGUCCGACAUGCUGGCCAACCCCCGGAGACCCAUCGCCCAGUGGCACGUGCUGAAGGUGGAGGAGGAGGUGGACGCUCAGCUCUCCACCAAGAAAUAGACAGGGGCCCUUUCUGCACCUGCCUUGUAGUACUCUUUAGCCAGUAUGUGUAAAUACCUCAGUGAUAUAUGGGUCCAUCCAUGUAACCCCCCCCCCCCCACACUGUCCACUCCCUAACUGUUGAAACUUCCUGUCACGUCAUAUCCUUCGCUUUUUCUAUCAGGUCCCUUCUCUUCUCUUUUGUUUUUCUUAAAUAGUUUUUAAUCUUCGGUUCCAUCCUGAUUGAUUCUGCAGUUUUCUUUCCUCCCCCGUCGAGCCCUGAGACCCCCCCCCCUCCCCCCGACCAAAAGCCCCCCUUCUUUUAAGCAAUACGAUCUGUAUAGAUAGCGCAUGACUGAAAGAAUUUACUGUACCACAGUUGUAUAUAUAUAAGUAUGCAGACAAAAAUGAUUUCUAGUUUGUGUGUUUGUAUGUUGUUACCCGUUUCCUAAUCCGUGUAUAUCUCGAUGUUUUUAAUAAGAUGUUCUAUUUUAAAUGAUGUAAAUGCAGAUAUAGAGGAAAGACAAUAUUAUAUAUCCCAGGAUUUAAAAAAAAAUCUACCUUAUUACCUUAUUGCAUUCCAGAUAUAAAAAGGGAAAAUGAAUUCCAACCUGCUAGUGUGUGGGGGGGGGGGGGGGGACGUCAGCAAAGGAUCAUCACAGAAAACCUGGUGGAUAUAAAUAUAUACACACAAAGCUCCGAAACACACUAGGCCAUUAACUGCUAUGGUUUUGUUGGGGGGGGAACUAAUUAUGCUGCUGGAGAUAACACAAGCACAUGAUUUCUUAUGACUUUUUCUACUUAUUUCUCAAUCAGAGGACCAAUGUGUUGAACUGGUUCCCAGUCAGCGUUUCCUUUCUCUUUUGUUGUCCCUUGAGAGACGGGCCCCGUGUGGAAGAAGCACCGAGCUGUAGCCGUUGUGUCCUUAAGCUAAUUUAACAAUACUUUGUUACCUGCUUACUUUAAUCAGCCUUGUAGUCUUAUUCCGGCCGGGGUCCGAGUUUAAAAAACACAAAAA